AUGUUCCCGUCUCCCCUCCCCUCCCUCCCUUUCCCCCACCCCUCUUCCCCCCUCCUCGCCCCUUUUCAUCUAGUUCAAUCUCUUCGUCUCGCUCUCCUACCCCCCUCACCAAACAUUUACAGCUCCCCGCAGCAUGCUCCCAUCCAUUUCCCCGCAGCUCGCGCGGCCAGCAUGGCAGCAGCUGGCUUCUACGAAUCUCCGCGGGUUCCAAUAGCCAGCCAUUGCCUGCCACAUGACCGCACUUUUGAGGCGACUCAAAAGUCACAUGACCGCACUUUCGAGGCGACUCAAAAGUCACAUGACCGCACUUUCGAGGCGACUCAUAAGUCACAUGACCGCACUUUCGAGGCGACUCAAAAGUCACAUGACCGCACUUUCGAGGCGACUCAUAAGUCACAUGACCGCACUUUCGAGGCGACUCAAAAGUCACAUGACCGCACUUUCGAGGCGACUCAAAAGUCACAUGACCGCACUUUCGAGGCGACUCAAAAGUCACAUGACCGCACUUUCGAGGCGACUCAAAAGUCACAUGACCGCACUUUCGAGGCGACUCAAAAGUCACAUGACUGCACUUUCGAGGCGACUCAAAAGUCACAUGACCGCACUUUCGAGGCGACUCAAAAGUCACAUGACCGCACUUUCGAGGCGACUCAAAAGUCACAUGACCGCACUUUCGAGGCGACUCAAAAGUCACAUGACCGCACUUUCGAGGCGACUCAAAAGUCACAUGACCGCACUUUCGAGGCGACUCAAAAGUCACAUGACCGCACUUUCGAGGCGACUCAAAAGUCACAUGACCGCACUUUCGAGGCGACUCAAAAGUCACAUGACCGCUCUUCCCGCAAUUCCCACAUCCUCACAGCUCGCAGCGUCAGCUUAACAGCUCGCGCGGCCAGCGUGGCAGCGGAGGCGACCAAUAGCAGCAGCGCCACCAGUGGCGCCAGCUCAGCAGAAGCGCCGGUGCUGCUGACGUGUCGCCAGUGCAAGCAGCCGUUCGACCCCGCCCAGAACCACGAAUCCGCCUGCUCCUUCCACCCCGCCCACUACGGAGGCGAAGUUAAACGGAAAUGGAAGUCAUUCUCGUACCACAAGGUGGGGAAGGAGUUUCUUUACCACUCAGAAGAGACGAAGGCCGAGUGGGGAGAGGUGGAGAACUUUUGGGACUGCUGUGGCCGCAACGACCCCAUGGACCCUGGCUGCACCAAGGGACCCCACCGAUCAUAUGAUGAUGCGUGA